AAAAAAAAGUCCACUAUACUAUUCUUCGACAAAAACCCGAAACCCCUUGAUUCUGCAAAAUUCUCUCACUCUGAUCUGCAGAACUGCGGCAAUGGCGGCGGCGACGGGGAAACGGAUUGUGUCACUCGGCGGCAAAGGCUCUGCUCUCACAUCUUCCUCCGUGUUCGAGGUUGCGAACGGAUUGGCUCGAUUAACUAUCGACUCAUCGGCGCUCUCCCGUCGCUCCUCCUCUUCUAAUUCCGCCGUGUCGGAGUUUCAAUUUUCUGUUCCCGAUUAUUUCUCGCCUGAGGAAUCUAGGGCUUCUCUCCUCCUCCUAUUGAAUAAGCUACUACUUUCCUCCUCUUCCUCCGCCGCUCCUCAGCUUCUCGAAAUUCUCGAAGGGAAUGUUCUUCUCAGUUCAAAUUACACCCUGAACGGCGUCGCAUCGGAGGAUUUGGCUCUGCUUGAUUUCUCCGUUGCCGCUAUUGACGGCAUUUCUGCCGUUCUCGAUCACCGUUCCUCUGCUUUAUCCUCCAUCGCGGACGCCGUUGCAGCGCUCUCGUGUGAGGCUCUGCGAGCUGAUGCAUCUCCUUUCAAUUUGAUGGAUUCCGGUGACGGUUCUUCGGCCAAGGACGCCGUUGCUGUGGCCGCUGAUUUUAAAGUGUUUUUUAACGGCUCAAAGUGGUUAAACUCAGCAAGUAAGGUUUUGGAUUCUUCAGUGGCAGAGAUUCCUUCAGUCCACGGCAAUUUCAGGGAGAUUUCUCGUUCGCUCCACUCGAAAACUAGGGUUCAGUUGAAUUCUGGAUUCAGAUUUGGCUCUGCAAAGGACAUGUCAACUGCAUUGUCGUCUUUGGCUAUCUCUCUGUCGAAUUUGGGGGAUAUUAGUCUUCGUCGUGUGGAGCUCCUUGUUGCCAAUUCUGUUUCUGACAUGGCAUUGCGCCCGACUCUGUUGGUAUUGUUGGCGGCCGAGUGCCCCCGUGCUGAUGCUUUGGAAGAACUCUGUGCAUCCUUACAAUCUGCUCUUAGAAGGAAAGAGUACCUACGUUUCUUGCACAGUAUAUAUGAAUUGCUGACUGUGGUGGGGAAGAUUAUUCAGUGGGAGGCAAUAGCUGCAUUUGUUUCACUUGAAGGAAGUGAGUAUUUUCUUGAGAAAACUCAGGGAAACAAUGGAAGUGUGAGUGAGCCUGCAAUUGUGGAAAAUGUGAAAACCGAUAAGAAGAAGACCGAAAAGAAAAAGAAGGUAGUUCUCGGGAAAGGAACAUCUGCUCUCGUGCAGUUCAUUAAGGAUAGGUUUGCGGGCGGAGCAACAAAAUCUGACCUAGAAAAAUGCAUUCGGGAUUUCCUCUCAUUGCUGGACCCAAGGAGUUCGGGUUUUGAUGAUCUUCUAACGAAAGUGAAAGAGAUUGUGGAAAGCAAUGAAAGCCGAAGGCUUCCCAAGCUUGCAAAGGGUACUCGUGAUUUUGCAAAAGAGCAGAUGACAGUCAGAGAAAAAGCUUUUGCAAUCAUAGUCGAGGUUUUUAAAAGGCACGGCGCCAUGUCUUUAGAUACACCCGCAUUUGAGUUGCGAGAGACUCUUAUGGGUAAAUAUGGGGAAGACUCAAAGUUGAUAUAUGACCUUGCAGAUCAGGGUGGAGAACUAUGUUCACUUCGUUACGACCUGACAGUUCCUUUCGCUCGAUUUGUUGCUAUGAAUGGUUUGACAUCAUUCAAAAGGUACCAGAUAGCAAAAGUGUACCGAAGGGACAACCCAUCUAAGGGACGAUACCGUGAAUUCUAUCAAUGUGACUUUGACAUUGCAGGCCAAUUCGAAAAAAUGGGGCCAGACUUUGAGGUCGUUAAAAUCUUGACUGAGUUGCUUGAUGAGCUAGAUAUUGGAGAUUAUGAGGUGAAGCUGAAUCACAGGAAAUUACUAGAUGGAAUGUUGGCUAUUUGUGGGGUGCCACAAGAAAAAUUUAGAACUAUUUGUUCCAGUAUUGACAAGUUAGACAAGCAAACAUUUGAGCAGAUUAAAAAGGAAAUGGUAGAAGAAAAAGGUUUAACCGAGGACACAGCGGAUAAAAUUGGAACAUUUGUUAAACAAAGAGGAUCUCCUAUGGAUUUAUUGUCCAAGUUAAAGCAAGAAGGAAGCGAGUUCUUAACAAACAGCGAAGCCGAGCUUGCAUUGAAUGAAUUGGAGAUUUUAUUCAAAGCUCUGGAGAAGUCCAAGUGUGUUGACAAAGUAGUUUUUGACUUGAGUCUUGCAAGAGGAUUGGAUUACUACACUGGAGUCAUAUUCGAAGCUGCUUUUAAAGGGGCGACACAGGUUGGUUCGAUUGCAGCUGGUGGACGCUACGACAACCUCAUAGGUAUGUUCGGCACAAAGCAGGUUCCUGCAGUCGGAAUCAGCUUAGGUAUAGAGAGAGUAUUUGCUAUAAUGGAGCAGCUCCAAAAAGAUAAAAACCAGGAAAUUCGAGCAACAGAAACACAAGUCCUAGUCAGCAUCCUAGGCGAAGAUUUGUCAGUAGGAGCAGAGAUAGCGAGUGAAUUGUGGGGGGCAAAGAUAAAAGCAGAGUUCAUGAUCCACAAGAGAGCGAACAAGCACAUUGAUCGUGCGAUAGGGUCCAGCAUACCGUAUAUGGUGAUUGUAGGAGAUCAAGAACUCAGUAAACAAGUCGUUAAACUAAAAGAUCUAACUGCUAAAACUGAGGUUGAGGUUCCAAGAAGUGGACUCGUGGACGAGCUUCGGAAACGAUUGAGCAGCACCGCAUCACCUUAGUAGUUGCAAUAUUCGGAUUUUUGUCUUAAAUUAAAUUGUUAAUUAUGCUUUUCUAGGUUAUUGACUAGAACUUUAUAAUUUUAUCAAUUAAUUAUUACAUUUAAAUUAAAUAUUAAAAAUUGAACUA